CCGAAAGAAGCCAUUUUUUACCCGAAACAAUCCUCUUCUUAUCCAUCGUCACUCCCGAGCUUCACAAAUACACCCAAAUACACACAUAUAUAUUCACAAAUACAUACACAAUACUAUCUCUAUCGCUGCUGCCAUGGCUUUGACACCUCCGCGGAGCUUCUCAUCACACUCAACCCUCAUCAAUUCCGAUGCAAAUCUGCACCACCCCCACAAGCUCACCCUUUCAAACCCUAGCAAACUCAAUUCACUAAUAAAGCAGUCACCUUCACUCUCAAACCGUGUUUAUAGGCUGACCCAGUUCAAUAUUUGUCGAUGUAACAACGAAAGUUUCGAUCUUUCGGAGAGUGAUGGUGGGUGGGAGAGUGGGUUGAAAGAGGCGGUGAGGAAUGCGAUGAAGAAGAUGGAGAUGUAUGUGACUUCUUGGAAGAGAGAGGAGAGAGAGUGUGUAGAGAGUGAGGAGGGGGAGGAAGACUGGGAUUGGAAUUGGUGGAGGAAGCAUUUCGAUGAGGUUGAUGAUCAAGAAAGGCUUCUCUCUGUUUUAAAGUCACAGUUGAGCCGAGCCAUUAGUAGAGAGAACUAUGAAGAUGCUGCCAAACUCAAGGUAGCAAUUGCAGCUGCUACUACAACCGAUGCUGUUAGCAUAGUGAUGUCUCAUCUGAAUAAAGCGAUAGAGGAAGAGCGUUACGAUGAUGCAGCUUUUUUUCGAGAUUAUGGUAGUGCCGGACUGCUAGGGUGGUGGGCUGGGGUGUCGGAAGAUGUGAAUGAUCCUUAUGGUCGAAUAAUCCGCAUAAGCGCAGAACAUGGAAGAUACGUGGCAAGAAGUUAUAGCCCUAGGCAGCUAGCAGCAGCCAGAGGUGGUACCCCUUUGUUUGAAGUAUUUCUUACGACCACCAAGGAAGGUGAAUACAAGGAGCAGGCUGUUUACUUAAAACACAAGGACGUUCCUUCUCAAGAUUUUCCAACUCUUUCAACCAAGUCCUUCGGUCCUAUAGUUAGCUUGGAUCCCAUAGACCCAACUUCGGACACAACUGAUCCUAUUGAGGAAGCUGUGGAAGACAAAGACGGAGAAGACGGGGAUGAUGAUGAUUAUAUUUCGGAGGGAUCUGGUUUUGGGAAUAUCCUUCAAGAUAUGAUUCCUGGUGUGAAAGUCAAAGUUUUGAAAGUGACGGUCCCAGAUAAAGUAGAUUCUGAUCAUAUCUCCAAGGUGGUUGAGCAAAUAAUGGAAGCUGAAGAUGAGGAGAAGGACGACUUAGAAACUUCAGAUGCAGAAGAUGAAAAGGAUGACGAUGACAAAGAGAAAAAUGGACUUGCAGGUGAUGGUCUUAUUGAUGGCGAAGAACAAAAUCAACUUGCAGUCAAGUUUGUUGUUGGGGGCCUUUUACAGAAAAUUUCAGGCACAGCUCACAAAGAUGUUUCUCGAGUACCAGCUAGGCUAGAGAAGAAAGGACGGUUAUCAUUUCGUUUUACUGUAGAUGAAGAUAAAAAGGAACCGGUUUCUGGUGUCAUUGGCAGGUCUCCACAGAAUCCAAAGACUAUGCUUCAAAGUCAAAAAAGCAUAGACCAUGUUAUGCUCGAUCUUGCAAAGUCCAUUGGCAGGGGGAAGAUACCCAUGAAAGUGCUGAAAGAUGUUGGUAAAUUACUGACCCUGACCCUCAGUCAGGCCCAAAUUCGUCAACCUUUAUCUGGAUCUACUACAUUCAGUCGCAUUGACAUUCCAGCAUCAUCGGAUCCUUUUAAGGGAGUAUAUAUAGGUGCCCACGGACUUUACUCUUCAGAAGUCAUCCAGAUUAAGCAUAAGUUUGGCCAAUGGCAAGAGGGUGCUGGAAAAAGUCAGAAUCUUGAGUUUUACGAGUAUAUCGAAGCUGUAAAGCUUACUGGGGAUCCUAAUGUACCCGCCGGCCAGGUAGCAUUUCGAGCAAAAGUUGGGAAAGAAUAUCAGCUACCACACAAGGGGAUCAUCCCAGAAGAAUUUGGAGUGGUUGCUCGAUACAAAGGACAAGGAAGGCUUGCUGACCCAGGCUUCCGAAAUCCUCGAUGGGUUGACGGUGAAGUUGUUAUUAUGGAUGGAAAGUACAUAAAAAGUGGACCUGUUAUUGGAUUUGUCUAUUGGGCACCGAAGUAUCACUUUUUGGUGUUCUUUAAUCAGUUAAGGCUGCAUAAAUAGUUACCUGCAAAAUCAUCCAGACUAUUUCAUCGUGUACCCAGAUUUUGUAGUUCGCACUUGAUAUCUGUUACUUUGACACACUUAGAGUCGAGACUUCGCGAUGGAAAGAGUUCUGAGCUGCUUAUGUAGUGGGCAUGCAAUUGACAAACUUUGAAGGCAUGCUAAACAGUUGUGACAGUACAAGUAACACCGGGACAGCUGAUAUGAUGGCAACUCUUUUUGGGGGUAAUCUGUUCAUCUAGUAGGUCUUUUGUACUCAAAUAUGGAGGGGGUGAAUCUAGUUAGCAAUGUUCUUGUAAAUAUGCCACCACAGGAUAUGUUUUAGGCAAGUAAAUAUUCCUGAAUUGUUAUGAGAAUAAUGAAGUAUAUAUAUAUUGCAUAUUUCAUA